AUGUCCUCUCGACGGGUCGUUUCCCGAUUUGAUCGCGUGAAUCAAUGGCUGCAGUUUUCGAGACAGUGGCACGUGAUCGACGCCAAUCAACAGGUAUGUUCCCUAUCGAUUAAUGGAAAGCCGAAAAAAUCAAACGAAAACAUGUUGUUGAUCAUAAAUGGAAGACUGAACAGAACACGGUGUGAAGGGACAUGUUGCAGGACGCGGAACUGCUCGGAGACAAGGUUGCUCGAUACUUGGCGGGCAAGCACAAACCCAUUUUCCACCCGGAAACGGACUGCGGAGAUCACGUCGUGGUGACGAACUGCAAAGAUAUUGCGAUGCACGCAUUUGACUGGAAACACACAGUCUACAAAUUCAACAUGGUAUGGUAGUGGUUUUUAAGCUUAAAGCAAUUGCAGUGUACCAAGAUUUCAGGAGUACCCAAAAAGUAAAGCGGACAUUCCGGCUUGGCAGAUCCAUGAAUAUGAUCCUUGCAGGAUCGCUUUCCUGUCCAUCUACAGGGUGAGCUUUGCACAUGAUGUUUGAGUAGUCGUUAUUAUUUCCAUUUUCAGUCUCUCGGAAACAAUCUUCUGCGACGUCGUCACAUUCAACGAUUGCACCUGUUCCCAGAUGAGGAAAUGCCAGAAUUCGUGAAGAGAAACAUCGGAAGCCAACUGCGACAAGUACAAGAAGUGGUCAGACGAAGUGACGAGUACACGGCAGGAGAACGCGCCAAUUUCCCGAGGGUGGUCAAGUUCGCGGAUAAGCAUGUCGUCGACUGGGAGAAGAGCAUUGCGAAUCCAGGCAGACACGUUAAGCCCGUGCCCGGACAAAAGGACAAAUAA